UAGCCACAAAUGAGCGCAAAUGCCAAACAAUUGUUUUACUUCUGUUUUGGAUCUAAUCUGUGGUCAAAGCGAAUGCAUAUCAACGUCAAGAGUGCCGUCAAGUAUGGCAACGGAUUGCUGAAGGACUGGACCCUCACUUUCUCCGGCUUAUCGCGGCUAUGGCUCGGAUCCACCGCUAAUAUUGUGCCACUAAAAGAUAGUAUUGUUUGGGGAACUGUUUGGACAAUAAGUGACUCUGAGUUGGCAGAUCUGGACAUACAGGAAGUGGGUUACCGGAGGAUUGAGAUCAAUGUAUUGGUUGGACAAGAGGUAGUCAAAUGCCACACUUAUGUCCAGAAGGAGACCUACAGUGAACUGUUUGACUCCGGGAGCGCAUCCAAUACUCCGAGUCUGGCCUACAAGACAGUGAUCCUCAAGGGAGCCAUUGAACAGAAUUUGCCCGAAGAUUACAUUCAAUUCCUUAAGUCUUUCAAAGAUAACGGAAACCUAAACUGCGGUCCAAAAGAUCUCGACUUAACACCCAUUCCUUGAUUAAGACAUUUAGCAAAUUAAAU